GGCUUCCGCCUAGCAGUGUGUUCGGUGAUGUCACCGGCUCUUAUGGGCGGGCUUUAGCGCUGCCCUAGCCGUUUUACAGACUAGGGCAGUCCCAUGGAGAGCCUGGUACGUCAUCGGAGACGCAUAGGGAGAGAAAGGUUCUAACAAGCCUCCCAGGGCUGACUCCACCCUGCACACAGUACAGAGGAGAAGGAGGUCAGUGUGUAUGUGAUGUCUGAGGACAAAGCUGUACCUCAGCAGCCAUCUUGGAGAGUUACAAAAACUCCAAAGUUAGUUCCAUGUACCCGCCCAUAGAAGGGAAAGAUUACAGAAGAACCAGGCAACUCAGAGAGGGAGUGAGAAUAUUGGCAAAGGAAGGUAACGUUCGUUUAUCAGGCUCUAGUCUCCUUUGCAUUAGGUGGAGAGAUUCUAAGCUACAAGCUGCCCACAAUAACCAACGACAGAAAGGCCAUCUGUCAGAAUUUAGUAUUCCUAGAGGUGAUACAGAAGUAUAUGAUUAAACAGUACAGCAGAGAUAGACCAUCCCUCCAGCCUGGAGAAACAAGGGAGAAAAAUUGAUUGUCAUAGAAAACUGCCCCUUAUGCAACUUCUGGAAACUAAUCUGAAUCACUAUAAAAGCUGCCUUGCUGUAAAUGACUUUUGCAUACAUUGAUGGCCUUUGGAUCAGCUUCAGUAAAGUAUUGGGAGUUUGUUAAGAAACUUGGUCUCCUUAUUCCACAUCAUCCCUAAAUUGCACCUCACAGUGCUGGCGUCACGAACACAGGGGCCCAGCCACCAAAGCACCCUAAGCAUACCCAAUACCAUCAAUGGCACCUCAACUUCCAUCUGGCUGGUGUUCCCUGAAAUAGAGAGUGACCAAGAGGAUUUAGUGUUGCCUUCCUCAUCAUUGCACACCGACCCAGGGAGCUGCAAAACCGUGAGUACGACUACUACCCCCAUCAGCCCACCGUGCACUCACAUACUGCCCCUGCGGUCCGGUCCGCUGCACUCAUAGACGUACAAUAGCUGUCAUCCCAUCAUACGUUAUGCCGACAGCUAUCUUUCCAAACUCCCCCAUAAACACACAUGACCGAUUUCGCUAUGUAUUCAUAUAUUUUUCAUGGUCAGAGAGAAGACCUCUGACAGGGGCUUAUCUUCUGCGAUAACAAAAGAAUUGGGUAUUGAAAUUCAAAUACAAAACUCAUCAUCUGUCAGGGAGAGUUGGGAGCUCCCCAUACAAGUUAGCCUUUCAUCUGCUAAGUACAAGCUAUACUCUGGGGCAGAUUGUGUGAUUGUUACAUAAGGGGGGGGGCGUCAUAAUGUGACACACAGAGGUCACCAUAUUAACAAUGUUAUGGGCAAAGUUUAGCAGUGCUACAGGGUGGAACUUGGUGGUGCAACAGGGGUCUCCAAACUUGGAGCUCCAGAAAUGACAAAUCUGUCGCUGGAUAAAGGAGGUACAGAGGUAGCAAUUGCACCCAGGCUCCUCUGCCACACAACAAUACCGCAGUUUUUUUUUAGGUGGCAUGUGGCAGGUAGUGAACCCAAUUACAGCAUUUUGGGCCAGUACUUUAAGGCAAUAGGCACAAUACAAGGCACAACUGGACAACGAUUAGUACUAAGUACUGCAAACCACCCGAUCCACCAGGAAUCUUCAGAAUAUAUCCUAAGAUACUAAAACAGUAUGUUAUGCUUCGUGACUAAGGACAAUGGCCAACAAAAAUACAAUCGGCAAUCUCUGUCCUCCUGGCAGGGAGGUUCUUGUUCAAAGUCCAGGUAUCAUAAUGAAAGUAAAAAGAAAACCACCUCACAUGUGACCGGUCACGCAAUAGAGCUCCAGAAGCCUUAUCCUGAUAUUUCUGAACUGCCUGCAAAGCCAAACGUGGAUUUACAGAGAAGACAGUUCCAGCUCAUUGCAAAAACAGGAUUCAGGUUCAACUGCUUGUUCCGUUUGGCAGCUGAGAGAAUAGUUGGAGGUUGGGUGAAAGUGAGGGAUUGGUCUCAGGUGAGCUCCAGCUUACCACUCCCUCUCGUACAUAAUGUAAGUCUUUACUGUGAGCAGGCAGUCAGAGGAAGAACACUAUGGCCGAGUCACAGCUUCUGUGCUUGAGAGAUGACCAUGUUAAUGAGAAGAUCACGGAGAACAUGGUCUACUUCUACUACAGUGAAGACCAGAGGAGGUGCCUAGAAGUUCUAGUCAACAACGGGAUCCAGGCUUACAGACAAUACAUUAAGGAGAAAGAAAUAAAGGAUUUCCUUUCUACCAAGGAACUUACAGACCUGAAAAGUGACUUUAAGAAAUAUGAAAUUGAUAGUCCAAAGAAACCAACGAAACAACAGGCGAGUAAGCAGCAGAAGGAGAAAGAAUCCACCCUGCAAUACUGGCCUGCACUCAGUGAUACAGAGAUUCCACCUCUUGACCUCGGCUGGCCCGAUAAAGGAUAUUACAGAGGGGUCAGCCAGAUGCUUGUGUAUACCCACCCUCCUAAGGAAAAUGCCCCCACCAUAAAGGCUGUUGUGAGAGAAAUGAUCCAGAGUGCAAAGAAGGUAAUUGCCAUCGUAAUGGAUUAUUUUACCGACAGAGAAGUGUUUAAAGAGGUGCUGGAUGCAGCCGACAAACGGAGGGUCCCGGUCUAUAUGAUUCUAGGAGAGAGUGGAGUCAAGCAUUUCUUGGAGAUGUGUGAAUUCAUGCAAGUGCCUGGAUUCAAGCUUCGGAAUUUACGAGUCAGGUAUGUUACAGGGGUUGGAUUCUAUUUAACUCCUGGGAAGAUCGGAGGAUGCAUCUCGCAUAAAUACAUAAUGGUGGAUAGCGAUAAAGUAGCAUUUGGUUCUUUCAGAUUAACAUGGUCAUCUUUAAGAGUGGAUCGCAGCAUUAUGACACUACUGUCAGGACAAUAUGCUGAACCUUUCGAUAUUGAAUUUCGUGAACUCUACGCAAUAUCAGAGGAAGUAAAUCUUUACAAAGAGCUGGGGUUCCCUGAUGUCCGACCUAGUCCCAUGGUGGGAGCAAGAGCACGUUCUUCCACUGUUGCUCGUAAACUCAUCAAUCCUAAAUACUCAUUAGUAGUGGGAAGAAGCCCAGCACCAGGUGAAAUGCUAAGAUUUGGAACACCAAACCCACCAGCAUCUAAAGAUAAUGAGGAAAGUGAAGGAGAUAAAAGAAUGGCAAAAUUUCUUGAAGACCUAAUCACUAUAGAGCAGGAGUUUCCAGAAAAUGUGAAUUUAGACAUUCUUCCAAAGGUGGCUAUCUUGAUAAAUAAACAGACUGCCAAAGCUCCCGAAGACAAUCGGACAAAUAAAUCCACCAAAAAAUCAAGCUUUAGGUUUUUCAAAAAAUCACAACCAAACAGUCAGGAAAAGGAAGUUGAUGGAGGCUUUGUAUUACUAACUAAACCAAAACUUGAUCUAAGUCAAUGCAACAGCUUCAGGAGUCAACAGGAUCUGAGAGCAUCAGGUAACAUCAGUCCAGUCUCCACUAAGAGUGAAAAACCAAAGCAAGACAAAUGCAUAAUAUCCUGAAGCGUGGGGAUUUCUUAAACGAAUGCAGCAAACGUGCAUAUAUAUUUAUAGCAGAUGGGAAAGUAAUAUAAAAAAAUUGGUUCUCCCAAGAUGUUGUCUCAGGGAUUGUAAAAAAAAAAAAAAAUGUUCUCUUUGAGCUCUGCUUGUUGUAGAGCAUGUGACUGUACCAGAGAAUUAAGUAGACCACCAUGAUAUGCUAAAAUAAUGGACACAAGCAUUUUGUGACCCCUUAAAUGCA